AUGAAGACUACACCUCUUGUUCUCCUCUCCCUCGGGGUUCUCUCCAGCGCCGGCCCUGUCCCCGAGGGCAUUCAUCCUGUCCGCGAGGUAGCGGCAAUCGACACUAAUGGUCUCGCCGCCCGCGCCAAUGGUGACAGCUCGCGUCAGUUUCGCCGCGAUGAUGACUGGACUGCCAAUGACGAUACCACGGACGAUGAGCAGCCUGCCCCUGUUCCGGCUCCGGCUCCGACUCCCCAAGAAGAGCAGCACUGGACCGACGAUGAUGGCCACUACACCAGCUGUGACGAGUUCCCCGACAAUGAGCAAUGCUCUAGGCCUCCUCGUGCCUACACUACUCAGAGCCCAGUGCCGGUUGCUACGACCAGGGUGAAUACUUCUCAGCCGACUACAAAGCCUCUUGGUCAUGGACACGACACCAACAAUCCUGACUGGGAGACCGACUGUGACUCGGACUGGACCGAUGACGGAGAGCAUGAGCGAUGCAAGACCAAGACGAAGAUCGCUCCUACUAUUACUGCUACGAAGAUCAUCCCUUCUUCCACUGUUGUUCCCGCCACCACUGCUCGAUCUCACGAUGACGACACCGAUAAUCCAGACUAUCUGACAGACUGCGACUCAGACUGGACUGAUGAUGGCGAGCACGAGCGCUGCAAGACCAGAACCAAGACCCUGGGCGCCACCCCAACCAAGGCCUUGACCAGAGUUCAGGCCCCAGACACCACCGUCUCUGCGGCUGCAAGUCUUCCAACUGAAGACACCGAUACUGAUAACCCGGACUACCUCACCGACUGCGAUUCGGACUGGACCGAUGACGGAGAGCGGGAGCGUUGCAGAAACAAAGUUGUGUCAGUCACCCCUACUGCUACUGGCUCUCUUUCUGCCCCCGACAAUGAGCCUGUCGAGAUUACCAAUGGGGCAGCCGGUCAUCCUAAGGGUGUCAAGCGUGCUGUUGCCAUGGCUGGCCUCGCUGCUGCUGUUGCUUUUGUUCUGUGA